UUGGUGCUGAGAUCUCGCCUCUCCUCUGCCUUUCUCCUCUUAUUUCUUUUUUGAAAUGUGUGUGUGUGCGCGUGAAAGAGAGAGGGGAAAAGUGUGUACAUGUGUGUGCGCGUGAGUGUUGUGUGGAACAGGGAAAGAGACGAAUUGUUCUGCUCAAUAGAAACAUCUCAACACAUCUCUCUCACAGCGAGAAGGAACCAAGAGGAGAGUAAACACAUUUGAAGGAAUACCGAUUUUUUUUUUUCAAGAGACAAGGAAAACCAACAACAGCAAGCGAAAUAACCGUGACUCACCCUGCUUGAAUAAGCGAAAGUGUUCUGACGAUGCACUGUAAAAAUUAAACAAUUCCACCCGUGAAAAAAUACAGCACCCCCAGAAGAUAAAAGGGAUCACAUUUCGGUACUUUUCAUGGCAGCAAUUCUGUUGGAAUUUCGAAAGCGGCAAUAAAAUCUUACUUGAAGUAAAAUAAUUCGUAGCUACUGGAAAUGCAUUUGUCGAAACAGUGAAGAAUUUUCAAACUUGAAGACUGGCAAAAGAAAUGCGCGACUGAAAUAAACUUUACCGUCUACAGUUCUUCGGUAUCAUACGCGUGAAUAAAGUAUCACAGCAUACAAUUGGAAAUCGUGUGGCGAGGUGGAUGAGCUUCCCGAUGAGAGAUCCAGUUAUCCCAGGAACAAGUAUGGCAUAUCACCCAUUUUUACCUCACCGCGCUCCGGACUUCGCAAUGAGCGCAAUGCUGGGCCACCAGCCUCCCUUCUUCCCGACCCUUGCACUGCCUCCCAACGGCUCGCUGUCUCUCCCCGGUGCUCUCGGGAAGCCCAUUAUGGAUCAGCUGGUCGGCGCCACGGAAACCAGCCUACACUUUUCUUCGCUAGGGCACCAGGCAGCUGCUGCAGCUGCUCACCUCAGGCCUCUGAAAACAUUAGAGCCCGAAGAAGAGGUGGAAGAUGACCCUAAAGUUCACCUGGAAGCAAAGGACCUUUGGGAACAGUUCCACAAGCGUGGCACUGAAAUGGUUAUCACAAAGUCGGGAAGGCGAAUGUUUCCACCGUUCAAAGUGAGGUGCACCGGCUUGGACAAGAAAGCCAAGUAUAUUUUGCUGAUGGAUAUUGUUGCAGCCGACGACUGCAGAUAUAAAUUCCACAACUCGCGCUGGAUGGUGGCGGGGAAGGCCGACCCCGAAAUGCCAAAGCGGAUGUACAUUCACCCAGACAGCCCGGCCACUGGCGAACAGUGGAUGUCCAAAGUCGUCAAUUUUCACAAACUUAAACUGACAAACAACAUCUCCGACAAGCAUGGAUUUAAUUGUUUCCUGUUGCAGACGAUUUUGAACUCGAUGCACAAAUAUCAGCCCAGAUUUCACAUCGUGAGAGCCAAUGACAUCCUCAAACUUCCGUAUAGCACGUUCAGGACAUACGUCUUUCCCGAAACUGAGUUCAUUGCUGUAACCGCGUACCAAAAUGAUAAGAUCACACAAUUAAAAAUCGACAACAAUCCGUUUGCAAAAGGAUUCCGUGACACUGGAAAUGGACGAAGAGAAAAAAGGAAACAGUUAGCUCUGCAGUCGAUGAGGUCCUAUGAAGACCAACAGAAAAAAGACACAGGGACGUCAGACGACUCCUCCGGCGAGCAGGCUUCCUUCAAGUGUUUUGGUCAGGUGUCAGCCGUUGGAGCCCCGGCAUUAAAAGAGGUCUGCGAGAGCGACGAAGAUAGCGACGAGGAAAGCAAAGACGGGAAUCAACAGGACGGGCAAGACUCCAGCAAAAUUUCCACGACUACAGAGGACAUGAAGGAUGACGAGGCACAAACCACCGAAACGCAUCUGUUCGCCAGCGAUACUACAAACCGGGAAAAAGAGGACAGUAUGAGAACUGAAAAAAGCCCAGCGGAUUCGAGACAGAGUCCAGUUACGAUCAUUUCAAGCACCACGCGUUCUUUAGGUGGGGAAGAACUCAAGAGUCCAGCGAGAGAACCACCAAAGGCUGAUGACUGCAGGUCUACAAGCAAAGAGAAUUACGCGCCUUUGACUGUUCAGACGGAUAGCGGCGCUCACAUAAGCCAGGGUCAUUUGCAUAAUUUUGGAUUUCCGCCUGGUUUGGCAGGACAGCAGUUUUUCAACCCUUUGGGUGGCGCUCAUCCCUUUCUCCUUCACCCUAGCCAGUUUAACAUGGGAGGCGCGUUCUCCAACAUGGCCGCUGCAGGCAUGGGCCCUUUACUGGCAGCUGUGUCCUCUGGUGGAGUUAGUAGCAUGGAAACGGCCAGCAUCGCGUCCCCACCUCAAGGCCUCACUGGGACACCUGGACUGCCCUUUCAUCUUCAGCAGCACGUCCUGGCGUCGCAGGGUCUCGCGAUGUCUCCAUUUGGAAGCCUUUUCCCUUACCCUUACACCUAUAUGGCGGCAGCUGCUGCCGCUUCUACUGCAGCCUCUUCCUCGGUCCAUCGCCAUCCUUUUCUGAACGCAGUGCGCCCUCGUCUCCGAUACAGCCCUUACUCUAUCCCGAUGAGCGUGCCGGACAGUAGCACUUUGCUCACAACAGCCCUGCCCUCAAUGACUAGCAGCGGCAUGGAAAAAAACAACAUGGCAUCAAGUCCGGUAUCGGCAGCCCUUGACUCAACUUCGGAGGUCAACAGCAGGUCCUCGACCAUAUCAUCUGGCUCAAUCUCCCUUUCGCCAAAAACCUGUUCCCAGAAAGAUUCAACCAACGAACUGCAAAGCAUUCAACGCCUGGUCAGUGGACUAGACUCAAAACAAGACAGGCCUCGAAGCCUCUCUCCCUAGAAAGCGAUAAAGAAAAGUGAAAACAUCAGAUUAACAAUACUGACAAUUACCAUGGGCCUAAUUCUCAUAUCGGUUAUUGUACCUUUCUAGCUAAUGCGAGUAUGGGUUGGAAACCAACUGAACGUAUUAGUUUUUAAUGCACUUUGUUGAAAAUAAGAUCGGAGGUAUAGUUAUCUUAUGUAACAUUAAACAACAAUUUUGAAUUGUCUUUGACCUGGGUCCCCCACAAGUACUGAAACUGAAACAGCUGGUAAUAAUUAGAAUAAUAAACCUAUUAAGUCGCUGCUAUGUCCGAUCCCAACGUUAUGUUUAGAGGUGCUGAGAGAACGAAUUAAUCCAGUAUGUACAUGGAACUGGUUAUGUUGGUUUGUAUCCCUAAACUUGGUAUAUCAUAUCGAGUCUGCAGUGUUUGAGAUUAAAUGAAUAGCUAUGUGUGUGGAUAUCAUUAAGACAGGGAAAAUGACAUCGUUUGCAUGUCCCACAAUACCAGUAUCUAGUUUACGAACUUGUCAUUUUUAAAACUUUAUAACUUCAUCAGAACAGGACAAAGUAAAUUACAAAGACAUAUGUCUAAGACCAUACUAGCAAAACACAGAAUUAGAAGACUAUUCCCCUAUCCAUUGCUUACCCACGUGCGUCCGAUUUUAACUGUCUCAUCUUUACUCAACGGGAGAAGGAAUCUAAACGUGAAAAAAAUGGAAACGUGAACUAUAAAUAUAAAUAUCUAUAUGAAAAGUAUUUAUGUAAUUAUUUGAUAAUGCGUGUAAAUAUAUCAAUUAGAAGUCACGAGGUUCUGUCUUUAAUUUAUUGUUGAUGUACAUAACAGUGUAAAGAUUGUUUGUGAACUGCUAUGUUUUUGUCAUUCGCAUUUCAUAUGUUUCUCUUAAGUAUGGAGUUACCUGUGUCCAAAAUCUGCACCAGUCCCGACGACCCUCUUACAGCCUGUAUAGUUCUUACUGCUUACGACAUCAUGUGCCAUUGUGGUUUUUACUGUCUCGGUGUUUAAAUCCUACUGUUCAAAUGAAAUGACAACUCAGCGCACCAGUGGCUUGGAAAAAGUGAUGAAGAUUUUCUUUCUUUAAACAUUUUCUUUAAGUGUACGUUUAAAAGAAUGGAGUUCAUGAGUUCCGUACUGCAGCUUGAAAGUAAA